AUGGAUACUGCGCCCGUGUUCCAGUCUAGCUUCUCCAUACGCUCUCUGCUCUCCAGCACGCACCUGAAGGAGGAGGAGGAGGAGGGCAAAGGAGGGGAGGCGCACAAAUAUUAUAUGAGCGCCAGUCCAAGCGAUUCCUGCAACAGCUCCGAGGAUGCAUCCUCCGAGGACGGCAACACCAAUUCCCCCACAGCCAGCAGCAGCAGCGUGGGCAGCAUCAAGUCGGACGUGAAGCCCGCCUUCACGUACAGCGCCCUAAUUGUCAUGGCCAUACGCAGGAGUCCGGAGAAGCGUUUGACGCUGAGCGGCAUCUGCAAGUGGAUAGCCGAUAAUUUUGCCUACUAUCAGAAUCACAAGAGCGUCUGGCAGAACUCCAUACGCCACAAUCUGAGUCUCAAUCCGUGCUUUGUGCGCGUGCCGCGCGCCUUGGACGAUCCGGGACGUGGUCACUACUGGGCAUUGGAUCCGUAUGCCGAGGAUCUGACCAUUGGCGAGACAACCGGCCGUUUGCGGCGCAGCAACAAUGCGCUAAUCAACCGCACCAAGGCAGCGGCUGCUCUGCAAGGUCACCAUGGCAAGAGCCAUGGCUAUGCGCAUCCUUAUCAGCAGCUGGCCAGCAAUCCGAACGCCGCCGCCGCCGCCGCCGCUGCUGCUGCUGUGAUGUAUGCGCAGCUCUUCAAGCCGCACGCUGCCUACUUCCCCAUCAUGCCGGAUGCAGCUCACCACCCGGCUCAGCCGCAGCAGCAUCCAAUCAUGAUGCAGGGCAACCAACAUCCGAAUGGAACUGGCUUGGGCGCCGGGCUGGGCAUGGGCACGGGCACGGGCAUGGGCACUUUGGCUAUGACAACGGGCCCGGCACAGCGAUACCAGCAUCAGCAUCAGCAACAGGGGACCUUAUCGGCGCCUUACCAUCAGACUCAGACUCAGUCUCAGUCGCAGGGGCAACGGCAGGGCAGCAACCACAACAAUUACUACCAGCGACAUCAGCAGCAACAGCAGCAGCAACACCAACAUCAACACCAACACCACCAUCAUUAUCAACACCAACACAAUUAUUAUCUACAACAACAAACACAACAACAACAACAACAACAACAGGAACAAUACGCAUCAGCUUAUAAUGGCCAAUGGAUGCGACAGCCAAUUGAAUGUUUGUGGCGUUAA